UGUUUCCACUACCAGUUUUGCCAGUUCCUCUGCUUUACUAAGCGUUCUUCUAUGCAUUUCUAUUGUUUAUUAUUAUGACCAUUGCUUUUUUUCUCCUGACUACCGUUUCUGGAUUACUGUUUUGGAUUUGUCUGCAAUUGGAUUGUUUUCUCCACAUUCUGACUCAAGUCAGUGAUCUGACUUGGAGCUAUGAUUGUUAUUAGCACUUGGAGCACAGAUCAUUGAAUAAAGACUUGCUUAUGGAAUUAUAGAUCUUAUAGGUCUACCUCUUCCUCACAUCCUUUUAAACAUUUCCUUGUUUGUACAGUCUGUACUUAUUAAAGUCUGAUGAGAUAUUAUAUGUUUUGAUGUUAGAAUUUUAACUGAUAGCUUGAUUUUCACAGCGUUAAGAAAGGAAGUGAAAACACGUUGUGGUUUAAUGUUUCUGCACUGAAAGGAAAUCUGCAGUUUGAUCAGUGCUUUUACAGACGAAAGACAAUGGAGAAGAUCAUGCUGUUUUGUGUUUUUUCUUACAAAAUUAUUCAGAUCAGCUCUAGCGAACAUGAUGUGACUCUGUUAAGAUUCCGGCUGAAUGGAAGAAUCAGUCUGAACUGCAACAUGACAGACAAACAUGAAAUGGCCUGGUAUCACCAGAAUCCUGAAUCUGGACGACUAACACUGCUGCUGUCUGCCAAGAGCUCAUCAUCAUUGCACAUUCAAUACUCUCAAAACAAUCGCAUGAGUGUUCAUGGAGAUAGGAUGAGCCUCUCAUUAAAUAUUAUUGGACUAACUGAGUCAGAUUCAGGUCUUUAUUUCUGUGGAACAGGACAUACAUUUAAUUCAGUCAUCUACUUCAACAAACCCAUCAGACUAGUGAUCGAGGACAAGUUGACAGACAGAGAAGAAAAAGUUCAGUCCGUCACAGAUCCUCCAGAGGAUGAUGAGAUAACAGCCUCUACAGUGGAGGUGAUGCUGACGGAGCGUGUGAUGGUGUUCGGUGGUGUUGGUCUGGCUGUCUUUCAGUUUUUUCUGGUUACAGUCGUUGCAGGAGGAAUAAUUCACUGUUACGGUUGGCAGAAAGGAUGGGCCGCAGCUAAACGUGCUGGUGUGACUGAUUAAGAAAAUAACUGAA